GUAGUGGGGAGACACACCUGUAUAUCUAUGAUUCAGUCGGUAAGGUGUGACGAUGCGCCGCUCAGGUAAAUCCUAAUAACUGAUAUCUGACUCACUCUUCUGUUGGAUUUCAGGUUGAACAUGCUGAGGUGGAUUGUGCUUCUGUCUGCGUGUCUACACGUCUUCUCAGCCUCGUUGGACUACAUGUACGACGAGCACUCCUUCAUGGACCCAGAGGAUGUGCUGAGUGUGAGCAUCCCACUGGAGGAGCCACAGCGCCCCCUACUGGGGGGAGUGUUGGUACUGCCAUGUUACAUUGAGGACCACACUGUCCCUGACCCCGGAGCCCCCCCCAUCACCCCCUUCUCUCACCGCAUCAAAUGGAGUCUGGUCACUAAAGAGAAGGUCACGACCGUCCUGGUGGCCUUGGAGGGACGAGUGCGUAUCACAGAGAGCUACCUGGACAGAGUCCACCUGGUGGGCUACCCGGGGACCCCAACAGACGCCACCAUCAGGAUCUCUGAGCUGCGGUCCAGUGACUCUGGAUUUUACUGCUGUGAGGUCCAACACGGCAUUGAAGACAACCAUGACAUCAUCCAUGUGCAGGUUCAAGGUUUGGUGUUUCAUUAUCGUGCCAUCAUGGGGCGCUACAGUCUGACUUUUGAGAAGGCGGAGGCAGCGUGCAGCCUGAACAGCGCCAUCAUAGCUUCACCUGAACAGCUGCAGGCGGCGUUCGAUGAUGGAUUCCACCAAUGUGACGCCGGCUGGCUCUCCGACCACACAGUCCGGUACCCGAUCCAUGAUACCCGGGUGAACUGCUAUGGGGACAAAGAAGAAGUGCCCGGUAUGAGGACCUACGGAGUCAGAGACCUCAAUGAGACCUAUGAUGUCUACUGCUUCGCUCAGAAGAUGACAGGCAGAGUGUUCCACAUUGCUUCUGCUGAAAAGUUCACCUUCUCUGAGGCGGCAGUGGCAUGCUUGGCUCAAGGAGCUCAGCUGGCCAAUACGGGUCAGCUCUACCUGGCCUGGCAGGGAGGGAUGGAUGUGUGUAACGCUGGUUGGCUGGGAGACCGGAGCGUCAGAUACCCCAUCAAUGUUCGCCGGCCACAGUGUGGAGGGGGUCUACUGGGGGUGAGGACUGUUUACCUCCACACCAACCAGACAGGAUACCCACGCUCUGAGUCCCGCUACGAUGCCUUCUGCUACACAGAGUCUCCUGAUGAGGAGGGUUCAGGUUCUGAAGAAGAAGGCAGUGGCGCUGUCAGCUUUACCACAAUGAUACAAAGCACUGAGGUCUUCUUAACAAAGACCACCAAAGAGAGCGAGGCGGUCGGAGAGCUGGAGACUCUUCAUCCCAACAUCGACUUCCCGUUCACAGAGAGCACAACCAAGCUGUCAACAGAGCUAACAACAAACCUGCCGACAGAGCUUCCUGCAAAGCUAACAACAAACCUGCUGACAGAGCUUCCAACAGAGCUAACAACAAACCUGCCGACAGAGUUGCCAACAAAGUCACCAACAGAGCUAACAACGGAGCUGCCAACAGAGCUAACAACGAGACUGCCAACAGAACUGCCAUCAGAGCUGCCACAGCAGACAAACGUAACAGACUUUGUCACUGACCUGAUAGAGGCAGCCACCACCAGACCAAACAUGGACCUUCAGCCCAGCACAGGCCCUGUGAUGCCUCUUACUGGUGUGGUCUUCCUUUACCGCUCUGGCUCCAGACGCUAUGCCUUCACCUUCGUUGAGGCCCAGCUGGCUUGUAGGAAUGUCGGAGCCUCCAUCGCCUCCCCACAGCAGCUACAGGCAUCCUAUAUGGCCGGGUAUCACCAAUGUGACGCAGGAUGGUUACUGGACCAGACUGUGAGGUAUCCAAUUGUUUCCCCUCGGGAUAACUGUGCUGGAGAUCUUGGGGAUCAACCUGGAGUUCGCUCGUAUGGUUUGAGGCCAGCAGAAGAAAGAUAUGAUGUGUACUGCUUCAUCGAUGGGCUCAAAGGGGAAGUCUUCCAUGUGGGCUCAACUGAGGGUUUCACCCUUAACGAGGCAGCUUCCAGCUGUCAGGAGCACAAUGCUGUGCUGGCCUCCACCGGAGAGCUCUACGCAGCAUGGAAAAUGGGUUUUGAUAAGUGUCGUGGUGGCUGGCUUGCCGAUAAAAGCGUCCGCUAUCCGAUCAACAGCCCCUGUCCUGAGUGUGAAGGCGGGAAAUCCGGAGUUCACACGGUGUACACUCACCCCAACCAGACAGGCUACCCUGAACCUGAGUCCAGAUAUGACGCAUACUGUUUCAGAGUGGAUAUUCUACUCAUUGCUAAUGAAACUGGACUGAACAUCACAGAUAUUCAGAAGGCUCUCCUGAACCAAACAUCCAUUAUUGAUUUGUUGAGGCCUGCUGGACCUUCCAUCGUUCCUCCUAUCGCCGUUGAGUCUUCAGGGUCUGGGUCAGGUUCAGCAGACUUUGGCUCAGGCUCUGCAGUUGAUAGUGCUUCGGGGGGUGCCUCUGGAGACCUGUCUGGUUCUGGAGAGCUGUCUGCGUCCAUAGACUGGUCUGGCAGUAUGAGCUCUGGUCUGCCCAGUGGAUCUUCAGGGUUCAGCAGUAGUGAUGCUCCCGUAUAUGGAUCUGGAUCAGGUCUCCGUGGAGACGCAUCUGGCCUAACUGUGGUUUUCUCUGGUUCUGAAGGAGCUGUCUCUGGAGAGGGAUCUAGUUCAGGUGGACUCCAGGAAGCUGUAGAAGGGAGCACAGAGCUCCUCAUCCUCCCAUCAUCUGGAGCAGGAUCUGGGGUGCUCAGUGGUAGUGGGGAUCAGUCUGGAUCUGGUUUCAGUUCUGCAGAAAGUGGCUCCUCUAUGGACAGCUCUGUACAAUUCUCUGGGUUCAUCACCACCAAGGACUUCUCUGAGUUCAGUGGUUCAUCAGGACUCUACUCAGGAAGUGGACUGUCAGGAAGUGAACUAUCAGGGAGUGGUGAGUCUCAGAUCUUAUUGAUAGAUGGUGACUUGAUCGAUGCGUCAGCCCUGAGAACCUACAGGGAGAACGAGCUUGGUGGGGGCCUCCUGGUGUUCAGUGGCUCUGGAGACCUUUCAGGAUCUGGGACUCUCAGUGGGGAUCUCAGUGGGUCAGCCCCUGGAGGGGACUCUGGAUUCUCAGGUGUAAACUUUGUGGGCUCAGGGUUUACUGACCUCUCAGUGUCUGCUUCUGGAGAGCAGGAGGCCUCUGGGUUUUUACUUUACAGCUCUGGACAAGGGGGUGGUGGAUUUCUGUCCAGAUACAAGAGCUCAAGUUUCGUGUCAGGAUCUGGAUCAGGAACAUCUGGAUCAGGAGUGUCAGGAUCAGGAACAUCUGGAUUAGGAGCGUCUGGAAGUGAGUCCUCAUCAAGCGGAGAGGAAGGCACUGUUACCUUCUUGUCAGGGGAUUUUAUAACUGAUAGACACAGUAAACCAUCUCUGGAGCUUGGACAGGGUUCGGUGGAGUUCAAAGGAGAAGGAAGCAGCAAUGGGUUUUUCUCUGGUGGUGGAGUCGACCACAUGUCCUCAGCCAGCGGGAUGUCUUCAGGAUCUUCCUCUGGAGAUCUUCCACAGUUAGUUUUCCCCGUUCCAUCUAGUAAGAUGGAACUGAUCAAGGGCACAACAGGACCAGAGGAGACACUUAGUGAGGCUGAAUUGUCACAAACCCCUGAUGGCCUGUAUCCUGUGCUCCCCCCGGCAGGACUCGCUGCCCCUACAACCCUAGCUGCCCCAGCCUCCAUUCACAGCCCAGGCAGUAAUGCGGAAACUGAUUCAGUUAAAGGUGGUUUUAACCUCUCUGAACCAAACCCCUGUGGAAACUCUUCAUGCACAGUAGAGGACAGGGUUCCUCACUGCCAUGAGAUAGAUGUGUGCCAUUCCAACCCGUGUGCCAAUGGAGCCACCUGUGUGGAGAGCGCAGACUCUUACAAAUGCUUAUGCCUGCCGAGCUAUGGAGGGGAGCGCUGUGAGAUCGAUAAGCAGCUGUGUGAGGACAGCUGGAUUAAGUUUCAGGGGAACUGCUACCUGCACGUCUCUGACAGACAGACAUGGCUGGAGGCAGAGCAGAGCUGCAGGGACCUGAACGCACACCUGGUCAGCAUCAUCACCCCCGAGGAGCAGCACUUUGUUAAUAUGAACGUGCAGGACUACCAGUGGAUCGGCCUGAACGAUAAGACGAUGGAGAACGACUUCAGAUGGACAGACGGGACUCCUCUGCAAUAUGAGAACUGGAUGCCCAACCAGCCGGAUGAUUACUUUCACUCUAUGGAGGAUUGUGUGGUGAUGAUCUGGAACGAGAGCGGUCAGUGGAACGACGUGCCCUGCAACUACCACCUGCCGUUUACCUGCAAGAAAGGCCCAGUGUCAUGCAGCGCCCCCCCUCAGGUGGAGAACACCCACAUGUUUGGUACCAGGAGGGAGGAGUAUCCUGUGAACUCCAUCAUCAGGUAUCAGUGUAACCCGGGCUUCAGACAGCGCUACCUGCCUGUGGUCCGCUGUAAAGCAGACGGGCAGUGGGAGACUCCACAGGUGGAGUGUACUGACGUGAAGUCCAGAAGAAGAACACAGGAGGAGGAGGAGAGCAGACACAAACUCAAACCAGGAAUAAAUGAUAAGAACAUUUAUAUUUAAGAUGAUUUAAGGGUUAAAAUGUUGAAGGGUGCUGCAUCAUGCUGAUGUGAUUUUUCUCUACUUUUAAUAUAUUUAAAUAAUAUACAUAUUGUUAUGCUCUGAGUUUAUCGAGUUGUGUGUGAUGUCAUACAACUUUGUUGCUGUUAAAUCCGUUUUAUAGAAGGCAGCGUCUGAUUGGACGACAGGAUUUUUGUUCUGGUUAAACUGGUUUAUUGUUUUGGAGAAGUUUGCAAACAAUCACUGGAUGACAUUUAGUUACUGAUGGAGCUGCACUCUCACACUGACGGAGGUGCACUCUCACACUGACGGAGCUGCACUCUGCACAGUGGAAAAAUGAGGGUCUGCUGAGAGUUGGUGGUAACCGAGCCACGACAUUUCUAAGAGAUGUGACGCCCUAACCCUUUGUGUGCGAUUUGUGUCUUUUUGACACAUUUGCACUUUAACUAUCCUUCUGUGUAUCAAACAUGAGACAAAAUGUUUGUAAAGUUUGCUUUAAAGCUCAAAGUUUACCUCUCUCUCAAAUUUGGCCAAAGGCAGGCUAACAGUUUACCAUUGUUCUCAGUCUUUCUGGUAAGCUAAACUAAGCUAAGUUAAGCUAAUCACCGAAGCUGAGACACACAGAUGUGUAUUAUCUUCUCCUUUCAUCCCGGAUUAAAAGAUGCUUUAAUGUAAGAAUGAAGACAUGUUGGGAUGGUCUGAUGUUUGUUUCACAGUACUGUGUUGUUUAAUUGGACCGUAAACCAGAUCAGAGGUACACACUACACUUGUGAGUAAACGGAUAUUAACUUUAUUUAUUAAUGACGCACAGCCACAGCGUGUUUCAACCAGAUUAGACAUCACACUGAACACAGGUGGGACCAGUUCUACUCGCUCACCUUUCAGAUUUGAAUGUGUGAUGUCAAACCGCAGUUUGUCAGCAUGUCUGUUUUCUCUCGUCUUUCACACCGCUGUGCAGUGCAGUGCAGUGCUGUGCUGUGUGUGUGUGUGUGUGUGUGUGUGUGUGUGUGUGUGUGUGUGUGUGUGUAUGUGUGUGUGUGAUGGACCCUUUACGUCUCUUAUGUCGUGUAACCACAGAGGAUAAGCGUCAGUUUCCAUGACAGUGUGAAACUUUGCCUGUUGUGAUCUUAAUGUUUUGUUUGGGGGCGGGGCCUCCUGUCAUCGUCUCACCUGAUAAACCAAAGACAAGCUGCACCUCUGUCUCAUUUCAGGAGUGUCAUCCUUUUAAGUAGUGGUUCUCAAAUGUUGGGUGGGGACCCAAAAGUGGGUCGCAGAGCCGUUUUCAUUUCAUUUCUAUAUUUGUUCUUUAAUAAUGUAUCGUCUGCUGUGACAGAGACCAGUAACCAAUAUUUAAAGCUGCAUCAUCGACAUAUAUAGAUAUCAGAAGCUUGGCAGGUCAUCGUCCAAUUUCAAUUGGUGUGCAAUGAAUCUUGGGAUACGAAGCAUGCGCAGGAUGUAUCCUUUGUUGGCUGGGGAAAGGACACAUUUGUUCGCCCCGUUUUAAAUUAAAUGUAUUAAUCGAUUACAUUUUAAACCAAGGCGGACUAAAAAAGACAUGCUGUGGUACGGUACAGAUUGGGGUUAGGGCUACACUUCAUCAGUUAAAUAUUUUCAUUCUCUGCUCUGAGAAAUUUUGUUUCCCCUUGCAAACAGCAUGACAUCUGGUGCUUUUAUUUUGAAGGUGGACAAACAGAAGUGUGGUGCUUUUAUUAUGAAGGGUGACAAACUGAAGUUUGGUGCUUUUAUUUUGAAGGGGUACAAACUGAAGUGUUGUGCUUUGUGCUCUGUUGACUCAAAUUACAACACUCGAGGCUCGUCAAUAAACAGCUCGCGGUCAGCCAGAAAAAAGGUUUUGCUCAGGUGUUGACACAGGUCAAAGGUCAACAUUUCAAUCACAGAUGUGGAUAUUUUAAAUAAACGGUUAUCUCCACUUAUUAAAGCAAGCUAACAUGCUGUGCUGAGUGAGGCGAGAGAGGGUCAGAGCUGUGUAGAGCCCUCUCUUUCUUUGGAAAAUAGAAACGAGGUGUUAGGGUUAAAAUGGGUAAUGGGCGCUCCAUCGCGCUGUGUCACUCACGGGCAGUUAGGACACUCCAACAGUACAAUAGACUCAAGCUGAUUUUGUCGCUGACGCUUGCUCGCAUUGAGUGCUGGCAGGACAGGAUGUAAGGGUGGAUGCAAAGUACAGCCGCAGAGAAAUUAUGUCCCCCAUUUUUGUAUUCUCCUGCAAGGUAGGCUACAUGCAAUUAGCCACAACACCGGGACAUGACUCUACAGCCUUUGUUGUGUCACAAGACGUUUUCUGUCUUCAAAGUAUGCUGCCCCUGAACUGAGACACUCCAUCAGUUUAUUCACUCAUGAUGUGUUCUAUGACUUUAUGUUAAGAAAAGACUACAACUAAGAACAAAAGUGUGGACUGACCAGUUUGGACUAGCCUGAUCCUCCUUAUUGGAGACAUGGUCUUAUCAGAGAAGUUAAUACAGAUGAAGUAAAGAGUCCAGAGAGAGUUCAGCACCUUGAACUCUCUCUGUGACUUCUUUGAAGGUCGUCCGACAGCAGCGACAGGCAGACGCACACAUCCUUGGUUUUGGUCUUUUCACCACGUUAGUUGUUGACAGUAUCAAAUCAAACUUUCCUCACAUCUGAAGUCUUUAAAAUCUGCUCUGAAACACUGGGUCUUCUAGGCUCAGGGACGUCAUGGUUUAAAUACUGAUUUCAGACAAACAUGCUGUUCAUAUAUUUCAUCAUUUUGUCUUGUUUGUGAAUGUUUGUCCGUACCUCUUUUCAUGCCGAAUAAAGACUCUUUGGUUGAUUCAGGA